CUGCAAGUCAUCGUAAAUCGCGUUGAUGAUAUUUCUAGUCAAAAAGCGACCAGCACGACCGUCACCCAUUCAGUCGUGCGAUUACCAUCCAUCAUCGGAGGUGUGAAAACAGUGCAACAUCAGCCGUGUUACUGCGUGGCUUUAUUGCAGAGAUCGAAUUGACACAGCUUUCCUCCCAACACACACACACACGCUAAAGAUGGAUCGUUGGAACGGUAAGGUAGCGGUAGUGACGGGCGCCAGUUCUGGCAUCGGGGCCGAGAUUGCCAAAGAUCUGGCCAAAGCCGGCAUGAUUACGAUCGGACUGGCCCGGCGUGUCGAGCGAGUCGAACAGCUGAAGCAGCAGCUGCCGAAGGAAGCGGCCAACCGGCUUCACGCGAUGAAGUGUGACGUUUCGAUCGAAACCGACAUCGAGCGGACGUUCCAGCGCAUCGCGGACACGUACGGUGGGGUGGACGUGCUGGUAAACAAUGCCGGCAUCGUGCGCCAGAACAAUCUGCUCGACCUCGGUACGGCGGCCGAUCUGCGCGCCGUGCUGGACACGAACGUGACGGGGCUGGUGCUGUGCAGCCAGUGGGCCUACAAGUCGAUGGUGGACCGGAAGGUGGAUGGGCACAUUGUGCACAUCAGCAGCAUUGCCGGCCACAGUGUGCCGAACUUCCCGAAGCUUAACAUCUACCCCGGUACGAAGCAUGCGGUGCGCGCGAUCACGGAAACGAUGCGCCACGAGAUGCGGGACGCUGGUACGAAGAUUAAGGUGACGAGCGUUAGCCCUGGUGCAGUGAAGACGGAAAUUCUGGACGGUAUUCCUAUUCCGGAAGAAAUGCCAUUGCUCGAGGCGGAAGACAUCUCGGCGGCCGUACUGUACGCCAUCGGCACACCGCCCCACGUACAGGUGCACGAGCUCAUCAUCAAGCCGGUUGGGGAAGUCAUGUAGACAGUUAAAUCGUGUGUAAGAUAGCGACAGGUGCGUGUGUGUGGCUGUGCAAGAAUAAUGCCUGCAACGCACCAGGGCAAUGCCAAGCGAUGCAUUAAAUAAACUAGGCUAAAACAGUAUAA